AACAAUUCUCAAUAGAAAGCAUAAAAUAUAUAUUUAUUCACUUUACUGUGGCUAUUUAUGCCUUGAGAAUCAUCAAUUGUUGAAUUUUCGUUUCUUCAUCUGGUAAAAAGGGGAGCAAGUUUAUCAAAACACUUCCAGAUUUUUUAAGAUUAUUCCACCAUUUCAAUAUUUUCUAUUGUAAUCUUUUGUAUUCAUAUAUACUUCAAUGAGUCCAAAAGAAUUCUUUCAAUGGAUUCUCUGCACUAUAAAGAACUUCUUCGCAAAAUGUUCGUGGGGUUUGAAGAAGAGAGAACCUGCGACAAAACUUGCUCACAAUGACAUUGGUUUACGGUCGCUUGUUUUUCUCUCUGAGAAUUCCUCUGCAGAAGCUCCAACUUUGCCAACCGAUGAAAGCGAAGAAAGGACUCUUACUGGAAUGUCUGAAAAAGGAAGAGUUUAUUCUCACUCUGUAAAAUCUCAGAAAAUUAAUGUCUUUCUUAGCUGCAACAACACUAUACCCCAGCAGGCAGAGCUUUGUGAGCCAAGUACUGAAAGGGCAUCUCCUCGUAAUUUAAAAUCCACAUAAGCAAUAGAGAAAGAAGGGAAGAUUUACACAAAAGCCAAGGUUUUCUGCUUUGUACAAGUCCGUACUCAAGCUAGACACAUCCAAACUUUUCUGUGCCAACACCCUAAGACUUUUAUUUUCUAGGGAUAUCUAAGGCAGUUAGACAAAACUAUCCCAUUCAUACUAUAGACAAAGAGCAAAACAAACAACGGACAGGGUUCUUCAACAUUGAAUUCCAACUCUUGUCCCCGGAUCCUCUUAGAGAAGCUUAUUUUAGACCUUUUUUUAUAGAAUUGCAUACGAUAUAAUCCCAGCAGUUACUGAUACCAAAGACUUGAUACAAUAUCGUACAUCCAAAGACGCGUUUUCCAUUACAAAAAUAAUAAAGACAAAGAAUAAAUAACGAAUGUAAAAUUAUACGUUGCAGCUUACAUUAGUCUGCAAACAGACCCUUUUUUCAAACGAAGCACAGAGUACUUUCCGCUUUAUUACAAGCUACAGCUGCAAGAAGUCUACCUUUUAACAGAAUAAAAUAUUUUCAUCCACUUUUUUGGACUUUAAAGUCGAAAUACUU